UGUGUAGAAGGGUUCUCCUGAACGCUCGUAUCUAGUAUUCACACGAAUAACUAAAGAAGUUUGGAGUAAAUUUGGGUGUUUGAAGCGACAGGAAAGUGGCUGUAGACUUUGCAAUAAUAUUAUCUUUGAGGAGCGUAGUUUACUGUUUACGAUGGAUUGGAACUAUGUUUGUUUCGAACUAACAUUUUGUGAUAAAUAAAUGAUUAAAUAAAAAAACUAGCUCGUUUAUUUCUAUUGAAAGAUUUCUCAGAAAUGUUGAGCGUGAAUUGCCAAGAGAAACUCCAAAAACUCGAUUGCCAACUCCUAAACAAGGUCCUUCAUUCCUGUGCAGAUGAGCUAUGUGGCAGAAAUGCAAUGAAAUAUGAAGCUGUUAAGGCAUCAACUGACUGGACAGCAGAAGAACACAGUUGUAUCUGUAAUGAAAUAAAGAAAUUAUUUUCAGAAGUUGUUGGUAAUUCACUUGGAAAUGAAAUGGUACUUGCAAAUGCACCAGAGUUGGAUGCGUCCCAUCGGAAGUGUCUUCUAGAUUGCUUAGACAUACACAGGAAAGAUAUCAAGAGAACUUUAAUUGCAGAUUUAGCUUCCAUAUCAGGCCCAGUACUGAAGGAUUUUGACUGGAAACUAAAGUGGGUCAUGGGCAGCAGCAAGAUGUCAUCCUUAAGAGAACCUCUGCUGCAAAUGGAUUUCCACCUUUCUCAAGGUAAAUCACAAGGUGAAAUGAGCAUUAGUACUGUGAAUGUUGAAAUGGACAGAAAUGAACUGAAGAAUCUUUUAUCUUCAUUGGAAAGGGCUCAGGAAGCAGUAAAAAAUUUGCAUAAUUGAAUAUGUUUGUGAUCAGUUUAUUUAUGAAAUAAAAGUGAAAUGUGAAUGUAUAUACAUGCAGUAGUCAUAUGUGAUUUUUUUUAAUGUAAAUGAAACAUUAAAACACAGUGUAAUUGUUAACAGUUACUAAAAUUACUAUUAUACAUGUUCAGCAAGAAAUAUCCUCAAGUACUGCAUCACUUUUACAUCCUGAUUCCACAUGGGAAUCAAACAAAUAAUUUAUUCAGCAUCAACUUAAAACUACCAUUUUGUUCCUUAUGGCACUAACAUAUAUAAAUUAUAUAAUAAGACAAUGAGAGGUAAUAUAGUGAAACCUUGAUACCUAUGUAAUUUUUUUGAUCCAUUAAUGAAUGUAUAUUUUCUUGUGUCACACAGGAUUGCUGUACCAACAUGAAUAAGGUGGCUACCACCACUCAUGUCUCCUGGCCUGCACUUAAGUUAACUAUUAACAAGCAUUUUUCUUUCUUCUGUUAUAAUACGACGGUUGUCCAGACAGUAAGAUUCGAUCGGUCAAAAUGGACACCACAGUGAAAACCCGAUGAAGCUUUGCACAGAUGUGUUGGGUUAUGUCUCUAGUAUGAUGGUCGAUCGCAUCAAGACACACUUUUCAGUUGAGAGCGCACUGUUAGCGAGUAAAGGUGCCUAGGACAAUGAUGUCUCCCACCAAGCAGGAGGGCCCACUGAGAGUCUUCGCCUUAAGGAAGGCAGCCCACCUAACACAACUGCCACGGACAUACCUCUUCAUAGCAAUUCUCAGCCAUACUCUGCAGGGGCAGUGAAGACGCUCCUGCGCAUUUUCAAUAGGAAAUGUUCGAUCACCCACAACACAGCCCUCAUUGGUUUGUCCUGAGUAUCAUCUCUGUUCACAUGAAACGUUGAAUACAAAGACAACAUUUGGGUGCAGGCUACCCACUAUAGACCAGCGUAGAGAUUUAUUGGAAAGCACAGGUGGCUGGCUGCCUUCUAUGACAAUGGUGUUAGACAUUUGUUGGAGCAUUAUACCAAACUUCCAAGUCGGAGUGGCGACUAUGUAGAAAAGUAUCUGGAAAGUGUAGCUAACUCUUGCAAAUAAAAUGUUUCUGAUUUUCACUGUGGUUUCCAUUUAGCGACUGAUUGGAACUUACUUUCUGGACAACCCUCGUAUAUCUGGCCAGUCCCUUGUGUAAUAAAGUCAAGGUUUCACUAUAUAUGUCACUAUACACUUAUACUGAGCUGGAAAAUAUUUAUAGUUAAAAGGUAUAAAAAAGGCAUAAAAUUUCAUUGGACAAAGACUAGAUCUUGCUUGAAUUGCCACAUUAUUCAUUUUUGAGUAACAAGCAACUAUUUCGCUGCAGGUAAACCUUUUUGGCAAGUAACACAGAAAUAAACUGACAACUGACUGAUUUUUACAAGAAGAAUAAAUUGACAAGUUGAAUGCCUAAAAGUCUGGCAUAUUUAAUCAGUUUUCUCAGUUAGUGUACAAAAUAUACAAAUCAAUCUGGAAUGUUUGCACCUUCAUCACAUGAUCAAUUGUAUCUAUAAAUAACAUUUAUGUUGUCGUAUGGGAAAUCACAAGCCAUGAUAUAAUGAAAUAAAACAAGAACAUUGGAUACACUGCAAGAGCUUUUCUUCCCGGUGGCUGACUG